ACAGUUGCUACUUUCAUAGGAACAACAGACAGGAUCAACAGGCUCCGGUGUGAUGGGAGCUGUAAGAGUACCUCUUACUGCACACUGUGUGGUCUUGUCCCUUCUCCAGAUGGUAGCAGUGAGUUCAGAACAAUUCAUUGUGAAUGGCUUACAGAGUCCAGUCUUGGUUCCAUUGGGUGGAAAUCUGGAACUCAGUUGUCAAUUGUCUCCACCACAACAAGCAAAGCAUAUGGAAAUUCGCUGGUUCCGGAAUCGCUAUACAGAGCCGAUAUACCUGUAUAGGAAUGGUAAAGACCUGCUUGGAGAAACUAUCUCUAAAUAUGUUGAGAGGACUGAACUCGUAAAAGAUGACAUUGGAAGAGGUCGAGUAACCCUCAGGAUCUUUAAAGUGACUGCUGAUGAUGAUGGGUCCUACCACUGCUUCUUCAAAGAUGACAAAUUCUAUGAAGAACAUAUCAUAUUGGUCAAUGUUGUAGCAACAAGUUCAGACAUACAGAUUCUUAUGCAUGCCCCUAAUACAAAAGGUGUGAUGUUGGAGUGCCAUUCAAGAGGUUGGUUCCCAGAGCCUCACAUGGAGUGGAGAGACAGCAAUGGAGUGCUCAUUCCAGCUACAUCAAAAUCCCAUUCACAAGAUGAAAACAAAAUCUUCACCAUGAAAACAUCUCUUCUGAUUGAAGCCAAGUCUCACUGGAAUGUCACCUGCUACAUUCAAAACCCUGUAACUCACCAAGAAGAAAGUAUAAGUGUUGUCCUACCAGGUGAGCUAUUUUCAUGGAAAAUUAUUUGGAUUAUGAUUCUGAGUAUAUUAUCAAUUUUACUGAUUACCUUCCAAAUGACAUACAGUAUUAAAGAACAUCUAAUACAUGGAAUAUUUCAGAAGGUAUUAUCACCUACCCUUAACAAAAAUCAAUGUGAUCCUGAUAAAUCUGAAGGCUCAUUAGAGUUUCUGGAGGAAAUAGCUUUAUUGAUUCAUCAAGACUGUGGAGUUGCUCAAAACUGUGGGAAUCCAGAAACGUUGCUGUUCCACCAAAUUUUUGCUACCAUUGAAUGCUCAUGUUCCCCUGAGAAUUCAGAUACUAUAAAGUUCCUAUUGCAAGUGAUAAACGUGACUCCUCAGGUAUCCAGAAUAAAUCCAGAUGCUAUAGAAUUGUUGUUGGAAAUAAUUGAAUUGACCGUUCGGGUAUCAAGUAUGAAUCCAGGACUACAGAAUAUCCAAUGGAUCAAUAGAAAUUAUCCUUGCUGUUGGAACUGUAAGAAGCAUCAGAAAACAAGGAUCAAAAACGGGACAAAAGAGUUGCAGCGGGAAAUAAUUGAGUUGAUUCAUCAAAGUCCCCAUGUGAAUUUGGGAACAAAAGAGAUGUUGUUGAAAAGAAUUGAAUCAAUAUUUCAAAGUUCCAGUAUGAGUCCAGAGACACAACUGAUGCUGUUGUUACAAAAUUUGUCGAAUGUUCGAAGUUUCACUAAGUAUCCAGAUACUGAAGAGUUGCUGUCGGAAAUAAUUGAAUGUAUUCAUCCAAGUUCCAGUGUGAAUCCAGAUGCCUGGUCUAAGAGAAUUCCUCUUUGGAAAAAGAGUGCAAUGGACCUCAUAAUUUCAGUGUUUGCAAUUACAGGAGUCAUGCUCAUUCUGCAUUUAAAACAAAGAGAUUCAGACCAACAUUUUGAGUUGGACACCCUGUGGUUAGAAGAUAUCACUAUGAUCCUGUGUGUGCUGAUAGUGUUCAACAUCAAACUCAUGUCACUGAUUUACUUCAGAAUGUAUGGAUAUUUACCUAGUGGUGAAGUAUGUAAAUGUAUAUUGAACAACAUAUUAAGAUUUUCACAAUCCCUAUUUUUCAUAGUCUCCUCUGCAAUAAUCCUACUUAAAUAUCUGCAAUUACAGAACAAAGUUUCUUUUUCAGAUCCCUUAUUUUCCUUGUACAGUAGCUGGAUGGUGAAUAUAUUUGUAAUUCUAGGAUUUCUCCUGGCAAUUUUCAAUGUUGAAACCUUUGCAACAUUAUGGCUAUACAGACAAUAUAUCUUAAGACACAAAAGAAGAAACAAUGACAGAUGGAGAUGAAAGAGCAGUUAUGCUCUUAUCCACUGAGCGAAUGUAACACCAAUGUAGCUAUAGGAGGAAUGAAUGGUAUUGCCUGCCUCAGCAUAAACACCAGGAGCCAAGCACCGUCAAAGUCAUCUCCUGCAGGAGGACCUAAUUGAAGACUGCCUCAGAGACCAAGGAUUGCUGAAGCAGACAAUACCAGCCAAUCAGGAGCUGGUAUUUACAAGAGAUGCUUUCUUGAGACCAUUGGGGUUGGGUGAAGGUUAUUAAAGAAACUUGCAGCAGUAUUC